CUUUUAACCAGCAAAAGCAAAUAGUUGCUUAAAAUUUACAAUCAAAUCGUCUUUCAAGUGAAAUGCUGGCAACGAACGUGGUCUUAAUUUUCGGCACUGUGUUCCUCUCAUUGGGAAAUGCGGAUGAAAAAGUGGGCUCGGAAAGUUUGGAGGAUGAAUUGGAACGCUGCCAGACAAAAGGUUUGGAACUGAACAAAAAACUAAUUGAAUUUAAAUUUCAAAUAAUUGAAUUGCAAGGCAAAUUAGCAUUAAUCAAAGAGUUGCAAAAUACAAUUGAAGUAAACGAAAGGCAAUUGAAAAGUAGCGAAGAAGCACUUAAAUUUUGCCACAAAAUGGCGGAGACUUCAAAGAAUAAUAGUAAAGAAUGCCAACACUUCGAACCCACGAAAGGAAUCAAACUCAUUCCCACCAAUGACACCAAUGGCACCAAUGACCCCAAUGACACCAAUAACAAAAAGAAUGAGGAAGUUGAUAAAUCAACGAAUAGCAAAAAGGAUGAGGAAGUUGAUAAUUCAACGAAUAGCAAAAAGGAUGAGGAAGUUGAUAAAUCAACGAAUAGCAAAAAGGAUGAGGAAGUUGAUAAAUCAACGAAUAGCAAAAAGGAUGAGGAAGUUGAUAAAUCAACGAAUAGCAAAAAGGAUGAGGAAGUUGAUAAUUCAACGAAUAGCAAAAAGGAUGAGGAAGUUGAUAAAUCAACGAAUAGCAAAAAGGAUGAGGAAGUUGAUAAAUCAACGAAUAGCAAAAAGGACGAGGAAGUUGAUAAAUCAACGAAUAGCAAAAAGGACGAGGAAGUUGAUAUAUCAACGAAUUGCGAUUCCCUUGGGUUUACUUCAGGUUUGCUGACCCUUAAAUAUGUGGGAGCCGACCCAUUCUCCGUUUACUGCGAUGGGGAUACGGCUGGACCUGGUUGGAUUUUAAUUCAACAACGCAUUGAUGGUGCUGUGGACUUUUAUAAAAAUUGGGAUGAAUAUCGAGACGGAUUCGGCGAUGUAACCGGAGAACAUUUUAUUGGACUGCAAAAAUUGUAUAUGAUGACCAACUAUAAGCCGCAUGAAUUAUAUAUCCAGCUAACGGACUUUAAAGAUGAAAUCUUUUAUGCGCAUUAUGAGAAUUUUCAAAUUGGCAAUGAGAUGGAGAUGUACAAACUCAAGAAAUUGGGUAAAAUGACAGGCAAUGUUGCCAAUAAAUUAGUCGAUCAUUUGGGUCACAAGUUUUCCACACAUGACAUGGAUAAUGACAAUUCCUCCGAUAAUAUAGCAGUCCGGUAUCAUGGUGGCUGGUGGUUCUUUGAAAGUAUAAAACGUUAUGGAUGUAAUUUGAAUGGAAAAUAUUUGUCAUCUCCAAGUACUACAGAUCCACAUCGACUGCACUGGCAAUGGAAGAGCUAUAAAGGCGUCAAAAUGCUUAUUCACCCAAUAAGGAAUUGAAAUUUUUGGUUUUUUUUUUUAAUUGAAUAUAAAACAAUUAUAUAUGCUUCCUGGCUUACAUUCAAUGAGACAGACGAUAAUAUUUG